AUGAAUGGACUAGAUGGAUAUGGUGAAGUCUUUCUCAAUGAAGUGAUUUUACCUGUUAUUAAAGGAUUCUAUCGACUUACACAACAACCAUUAAUAUCAGUUGGUGACGAAAUUUAUAACAACAGUACUGAAUUAACAUCAUUACUACUUGUAAUUGGUAUUGAUGAAGAUCAUCAUGUUCUCGAUUUACAAGACUUUUUGACAAAAUUUUUUAGCAAAAUAGGUAUACUUAUAACAGAUACGAAAGUCCAGCAAAUACAAAUAGGCUCAUGUAUAGCAAUAACAGAAAUUUUCCGCAAGUUUAUUUCGAGUGAUAAAAUAUUACGUGUAAAAAUGAUAUGUAAAUCACUCACGCAAAAGUUAUUAGAAGAACUUGCUCAAAUGAAAAUUUUCUUCAUGUUUAUGGGCACGAUAGAGUCAUUGAAGCAGCAACAAGCUCGUGCAGAAAUUAGACUAAAUCCUCAACAUAAUCGUAUAUAUGGUCCUGAUCAUAAUUAUUGGAAAGGUACUCUUUGUGAUGGAAAAGAUCGUGGUAAUCAACCCUAUUAUUGUCCUGUUGGAUGGAAAAGAUCUUCUUUGUAUGUUAGUGGUAACUUUUAUAGAAAAUUUAAAGGAUGGUGCAUAUGUUAUCAUGGUACUAGAUUCGUACAUGGUCUAUCUAUUUUAUUGAGUGGUCUAAUGGCAGCAAAAGAUCAGGCACAUGGUCCAGGAAUAUAUACUAGUCCAUCAAUAAUUUAUGCAUCUCAUCCAAGAUAUGCUGAAAUUAAACUUGUUGAAUCUUCCGUUGAGAAUGACUUUUUUGAAAAAGGUCAAUAUAUUCAAUUUGUUUUGGAAUGUCGUGUCCAUCCUAACAAUAUCAAGAAGAUAGGAUGCGAAACAUUACGUGUUCGCAAUCGAGCUAUUAUUGAUGCCAAUAUUAGUAAUGACAGUAUCGAAUGGCUAAUUGAUACUCAUGGAAAAGAUCUAAUGGAUUUUAAUGAUCCGAAUUCUGUAAUUGUCUGCACAGGAAUAAUGAUACGAGUUACAGAUAAUCAUCCUGGUUUAUUACCUGUAUCGGAAUGGUGGUAUACAGAUGGCACAUUGGACUAUCUAAAAUCUACACCUUUAGGUAUUCCUUAUGAAGACUUAAUAAAGAAAAGAAAGAACAAAGAGAAGUGUAACAUCAUUUUUAAAUAA